AUGGCCGGUCCCAGCCGUGACAAGCGCAAGGACUCCAGAAAAGAGUUCCUCAACCACCAACAAGCACAGGCCUCAAUGGCCGCCAGGCAAUCCCGACCCAUGGUCUUCUCCGAGCCCCUCACAGAGGCCAACCUCAACCGCUGUGCACAGACCCAUCAGAACAAGGGGAAGGCCAGAGAGACGUCUGGCCUCCGCGAGGAGGACAGCUCGGGUGUUGUGCGCACUGCCAAGGGCGCCGUCCGCGCAGCACCUUACCCCCGCCGCGCUUUGGGCGAAACGCGUGCUCAAAGCUUGGCCGCUGAGCAACAGUCUGAUGCCCAACAAAUGGGCGGAUUGACGAUGGAUCAGAUGAGGCGGAUGCACGUACCCAGCACAGCCAAGUAUGAGUACAUCAAGAAGGCCGAGGAAGUUCUGGCCGAUAUUGGGCAGCGCAAGGGGCCGGAGGAAGCUGCUCAAGUGCGCAUGGGCCUUGACCUUCUGAACUGUUACAAUGUGAUGAAGCGGAAGAAUGUGGACUUCUUAACGAACGCCCUGCUUGAGCACCUCUCCCAGAGCUCGCAUUGGUCAAACAGCCAGAUGGUCCCGUUGACUCAGGCCUCCGGCCGCCCUGCUCCUUUGAACAGCCCGCUUGUCCCUGGGCCCCAGGCUUUGAGCAGCCAUCUCAUCCCCGGGCCCCAGGCCUCCGGCUCCAAGCUGAAGAUCCUCGCCAACAUCCUCCCGCCGCCCGAUCAGUCUGCAUCCACCACACCUUUGGAUAGUGCACUGUUCUUUUUCAGGGUCUUCAAACCUGACAGCUCCAGUGGCUAG